AUGCUUAUCAAGAUGAUUAAUUUUAAUCUUAAUGUACGGGUUCGUAGAAUCCAAUAUGCUAAGGUACAUCGAUGGCAACCGCCGGUUGAUCUCGCAUUUAAACUAUUUUCAAAUGGUUCAUUUGAAGCAACUUCAUUUGGUCCAUGUUGUCCUCAACCAGAUACUGGAAUAUAUAUACCUACGCAAGAUGAACAAUGUCUAUAUUUAAAUAUUUUUACACCAAAACACAAAUCAAAUCAAUCUUUAUUACCAGUUCUUGUUUGGAUUCACGGUGGUGGUCUAAUGACUGGUUGUUCAUCACAAAGUAUUCCUUUAUUAUACAACGGUACAAAUAUAAUAAGAAAUUCACUAGAACAGCCAGUAAUUAUUGUAACAAUCAAUUAUAGACUAGGUAUAUUUGCUGACAUGUAUCUCGUUGAAUUGAUCAAAGAAAAUUCACAUUGGCCAACAGCAGGAAAUUAUAAUUAUUUAGAUAUGUUAUCAGCAUUACAUUGGAUCAAUAUUAAUAUUCGUGAUUAUGGUGGUAAUCCAAACAAUGUUUUAUUGUUUGGAGAAAGUUCGGGAGAAAAAGCUGUUGUUGAUAUAGGUGCAUUAAAAGGAUCUUCUAAUCUCUACCAUCAUAUUAUAUCACAAUCAGCUGGAUUGACUAGUUCGUAUUAUUCAAACAUAAGUUCUGCUUUGCAAAUAUCAAAUAAAAUUGUUGAACAAUUGAACUGUACAAAUCCUAAAAGUGAAUUAAUUCUCCAAUGUUUACGUAAUACUCUAUUAAUGAUUUAA